AUGGAUAAUAACGACGAUAAUAAUAACAAUACCAUAACACUUUCAACAACAGUACAUGAACAAGAUCCAAUAUCACCUAUAUCCGCACCACCGAAUCUAAAUUCAUUGAGUAAUGGUGAUUCAGUAACUAACAACAAUGUUGAUGACAUAUGUUCAAGUUCAGAUCAACAUGAAAAUUCAAGAAAUUUAACAUUAUACAAUAAUAAAAAUUCAAAUAGACGAAAACAAAGUAAACCAAACAGAUUAGCUGCCAAUGAUCGUGGCGAUGCAUUUCCAUCAACAACGAAUACGACAACUCCAUCGGAUCAAACCGAUCCGACGAGUCCAAAAUCAAUGGAGGCUGAAUCUGAAUCACCCACAUUAAAAGCAACUACAUCUGAAAAUGAGUCAAGUGGAUAUCACACCUUGUAUCAUGUAGCGGCAAGUAUGAUUGAAAAUGAUGAAGAAGAAGAAGAAGAAGAAGAAGAAGAAGAAGAAGAAUGUGAUACAUGUGAUCGAAUUAGUUUAAACUGUGAAGAUGGUUCAUGUGACACAUCUCGAUCACCAUCGUCAUACAUGCCUGAAGAACAUUAUGCAAUGGAAGAUAUAAUUAAUCGUACAUCAGGGAAACAUCAACGUCAAAGGCGAAAUACAACAGAUAUGAAUGGUGAAAAACAAGAGAAAAAUCUUUCAUCAUCUAGCUCAGCUCCAAAAAAUAACAAUAAUGAUGAUGAGGAAGAAGUGCUCGAUUUUAGUUUAAAAGAAAAAACAAGCAAUGGUUCUUCUCUAGCAAGAACUAUACAUGGAAAUAUAAAUACAAAUCCAAAAGUGUUUAAAACAAAUCAUCAUACUCAACAUUCACAAAUAAAAUUGAUAAAUAACAACAUGAUAACCAAUGGAGUAAAACGUCAACAACAUGAACCAAAAAAAAUAUUUCAUGCUGAUGCGUUUUGUGCAAUUUGUAGAAAGGAAUUUUGUAAUAAAUAUUUUUUAAAAACACAUUUGGCGAAUAAACAUGGAAUAUUUGAUCAAACACCAUCUCCUACUGCAACAACUACUGCCACAACUUUAAAUGAUUCUCCACCUAAUUCGUUGACAGCCAUAUCAACAAUUUUAAAUGCAAAUGAUUUAAAUGAUCUUAAUGAUCUUAGUAGUCAGCAUCGUCUCUCGUCACCCUCUUCCAUGAUCAUUGACGAAGACGAAGGAUUAAUUGUUGGAAAUGAAAUGGAAAAUGUUGAUGAUAUGCCUAGCCAUGGUUUAGAUGAUGAAACGAAUUCAACAUGCUCAUUAGGUGGUACGAAAAGUGGAAAUAGUGGAACUCAAUUUAACGCAAGCAUAACUACAACCACACCCACAUCGAAAUCAUCAGCAAAACUACCGGAAGACUUUUGUGAUCUGUGUCAAAAGCAUUUCUGCAAUAAAUAUUAUUUAAGGAAACAUAAAUUGGAUGUUCAUGGUGUUUAUACAGAUUGCAAUAUUAAACCAUAUAAGCGUAUUGAUAAUUCAGCGAAAAAUCCACAACAGCAACAAUUGCAAAAUACAUCACAAACACAGCCUUCAUCUUCGUUGUCUUCAACCUCAGCUCAAUCGAAUACAUCUAUUAUCUCAGCUAAUAUUCCAGUGACACCUCAAACAUUCACAAAUGUUCCGUUUAAUACUUCUAUACAGCAAAGUCUUGGUUUAUUAUUAAACCCAAUAUUUUCUCCUCUCCUUCCUCAACUUCCAUCAAAUUUUUCAUCAUUAAAACGUGAUCAAACUUCUACAUCUACAACCAGUACACACUCAUCGAAUGUUCUCGAAGCAGCACAAUAUCUAACAGUUGCAUCUGAUGUUGCCAAUGCAUUCGCUAGUCAAUUACUUGCAUCAACAGCAACGCCUGAUACGAUAACCACAUCUACUACAAAUGGUACUAAUACAUCUUCUACAACUUCAGCUACGAACAAAUAUUCUCGUGAAUCACUUGAUUCAAAUACAAACAAAAACAUUUCCACAUGUCAUUUAUGUGGAAAAAAAUUUCAGAACAAUGAUUUUUUACAUUUACAUAUGAUCAAUAAACAUGGACUACAUGGUGGUGAACCCGGUAGUAUUCUAUCUUCUCAGUCAGAUCAUUCUCAAGAAGAAGAUCAUCAAAAAUCAACUAAAUCGUUAAAACAAUUAUCAAAAAUUAAAUUAGAACCAAAUGAAACAUUAACGACAACAACAACAACAUCUGUUGUGAUCAAAUCACCACAGUCAAACUUGUUAACAGCCGCGCCAAAUUCGACUAAUCAACCGACGCCAGUGAUAAGUGGAAUUGUCGAUACAUACUUCGCCGCUAAAAUGGCUGAUCGUGUUUGUUGCGAUAUUUGCCAUAAACAAGUGUGUAAUAAAUAUUUCCUUAAAACUCACAAAUUAAAAGUGCAUGGUGUAUCGUCCGAAUCAACGACAAGUACUAAUCUGCCUACGGUCACCUCGCCAUCUAUGUCAUCUAUUCCCGUAUCUAAUGUUGAAAAUGGUGUCAGUAAUGACGAUUAUCCAUCGAUAAAAGACGAACCAGAAAUUCCUGUCACAAGAAAAUUAGAAAAUGAAAAUACUCCACUUAUAUUUGAUAUUGAUUCUGUCUCAGUUCAAUCUCAGCAACAAAACGCUGAGCCGGGUGUCAUUUUAGUUGUACCAAGUCCAGAUGAAUUGACAACAGCUGUUAGUGGUUUUUAUGAUAGAAAUAACGGUAUAGAUGAAGCAUUAGAAGACAUCCAAUGUGAUCUAUGUCCGAAAUCAUUUAAAUCAAAAUUUUUACUACAUGUUCAUUUAUCGACUGUUCACGGAAUACAGCAGGAAUCAGCAAAAACAACAACGGAUAAUGAAGCAACAUCAACAACUUCAACUACUGCAAUAAAAUCAUUGAGACGUUUAUCGACUAACAACUUAAAAUCAAAAUCGACGCCACAAGUGCAAUUAAGAGUUACUUGUCAAGUGUGCAAAAAGGAAUUAUGUAAUAAAUAUUUUCUUCGUGCUCAUAUGUCAAAUGUUCACAAUAUCUCUCUCGAUGAUUUACGCUUAAUGUCUGCUUCCUCUUCAACAUCGUCUAGUUCAUCUUCAACUACUUCGUCAUCAAAACCAUCAAAUACUAAUCAUCGUAAGUCAUCAUCAUCUUCUCAACAAAAUAUUUCACUACCAUCGAUUACAUCUCAAACGACAACUAUUAUUGUUCCACCAACAAAACCAUUCAUAAUUAAAGCCGAACGUUCUCAGUCUCUUUCACCAGCAAUAUUGAAAUGUGAAUCAUCAGUUUCUAUCGGCAAUGAAGACGAACAACAACAGCAAGGAGAAAAAUUAACAAAUGGUAUUCAUCGAAAAUAUUCAACUGAAGUUGAUUAUAAUCAAGAUGAGAAAGGAUUAAAAACGAAUGGCGAUUUAUUAUUAUCAAUGCAACCAUUUCUUGUUGAAAGUGAUGAUGAUUUAUAUAAAGAUUUAUUCGUUCCAUGUAUGGUAUAUUUGCCUGUUAAAUCAAAACUCACAAAACCCUUACAAAUAUCAUUAAAAUUAAAACCAGUUGAUGCAUCGUCGGGUGGUGUCGAACAAACUUAA